ACGCCUAUACAACACCAAGCAAACACUGCUACCAACUUAAGAAUAAGACAACUGUCAAUUAUAACAAUAACAAAAGAGAUCAGUGUUUUGCACGGAGAAUUAGUCAUGGCAGGACUCAGAGUAUUUUGUUGUCGGCAUUCCUAACAUGUCUGGGAAUGACAUUUAUAAUAUUGGCUUGCGCCCUGCCAAAAGUUUGGUGGCCGUUCUUCGUAGUUUUGUUCUAUGCAGUGUCAGUACUGCCCAUGACCAUCGCUCGACGCCGUAGCCAGGAUCUAUCAGGCACUUCGCCGUGUUCCGAGUUCGCGUUGUUUCUCACCGCAGGAAUCGUUCUGAGCACUUUCGCGUACCCAAUUGUUCUCGCUAAGAGCCAAGUGAUAAGGUGGAUGGCUUGCAAUCUGACGCUAGCUGGGAACGUUAUCAUGUAUCUCACAAUCAUAAUGUUUGCAUUGCGGGAGAAUAAUGCCGAGGGUGCCUACGGAGGAAUGUUUUAGAUGGAGUUCAUCAGUAGUUGCAUUCGGGAAGUGUAAAUAAAGCAUCGAACCCAUAGUAAUCUCGUGCUUGUGCGUGAUGUGGAGGGCAGUUAGGCGAUGUAAGCAAACACUAACCACAUAAACCUUAUCUUUAGACGUAAGAUUCAUACAUUUUUAUUGUUUGAUAAAGUGGCUAAUAAAUAUACUAUUUAAAGGAGAAA